AUGAUGAAAGAAGCGGAGAAGCGAUGGCAUCUCUUCGGCACUCUCUCAAUUCAACUAUACCAAUCAAGCCUCCAUCCCUCAACGGAUACUAUAGGAAGGCAUAAUAGUGCAUCUCUUUCGCAUAAACAUCCAAAGGACUUUGACCUUUUUAUCUUCACCUUUCACCCGAUCCGGCGGAUCGUACCCAGAAAGAACCAACAAUCCCUACACAAAACCAGACAUCAUGACAGUAACUCCAACUGA